AUGGCUUCCCAAAGAAACUCUUCCAAAUCCCCCGUCGGCGCCGUCAUGGCAGGCCAGGCCCACGGCCGCAGCGCCUCCGAACUCUCCAUGGCCUCGGAACGCAAGCACGAGGACAACCUGAUGGCCCAGCUCUACUCGCAAACCGAAGGAAAGGAUCUCCCGCUCCGCACCAUGUACAUCCUCAACUGCGCCUCGCGAGGACAACACCCGCUCCCCUCCAACGCCAAGGGCCUCGAGAGCGUCCCUGAAUUCACCAGCAUCCUGCAAACCGAAAUGUCGCAGCUGCCUCUGCAGAGGACCUCUCUGCCCUAUGUUUUCGUCCGCAAGUUCGUCAAGGAGACCUUCUGCCACGAGGAACUCGGCCGUGUCAACUUCCCGCAAGCACUCACCGCCCUCGACUACCUCAAGGACAUUGAGAUGCGCAGGCAAAAGAUGGUCCAGGACAUGUGGCAGAGGGUGGACAUCGAGACUUGGGAGUCGAUUGAAGAGAAGGUAUCCCGGGACGAGGCGAUCAUCAGGCUGUUCAACAUUCUCAACCGUAAGGAGAAGUACCUGGGCGAGCUGUACGCCUGGCUGUACGUGCAUCUUCGCCAGUGGAUCCUCGUUCACGAGAUCAAGAACCAGCCAUUUGACAAGCACAACUGCAUGGCUAUGCUCAACACUCUCUGGCCCCCUAUCCCCUCUUCCGUUCCCGACGGCAUCUCCAACGAGAUCGUGCAGUCUCAGCGGAAGGACUUCUUCAAGACCAUCAACUCGAUUCCCGGCAGGGGCAUGGCGGACAUCGACCGCCUCAUCGUGGAGCAGGCAAAGGAGGGUCAGGCCAACGGCUGGCCCUGCACGGCGCACAUGAUGAACAAGUACAUGCAAAAGGCGGAUGAAGUUAUCGAGCUCGCGGAGAGCAUCCAGACCAGGGUCGACCUUGACACCUACGCACCUCCUCGGACCCCGCUGCCCGAGCUCCCUUCGUCCCCUUCGGUGGAGCACUUGCCUCCGCGCAAGGGACGCAAGCAGGUCGACUCGGGUGUCAGCUUCGGCUCUGCGACGACCAAGCGGCCGUCCACCAGCGGCAGCGACAGCUCGAACGGCAGCUUCUACAAGCAGCAGCUCAGCUCUUUCGAGUUUUCGGAAACCAGGACGCCCACCCGGGUCAGGAUCAACAGGGUCUUGCACCGUUUGUCCCGCAAGAAGACGCACGGAGAUCUCUCCACCCAUGAGAAGGAGAAGGCCGAGAAGCCUGAAAGCGAGAAGUCCAAGACUCUCCGCAAGAUGAGGUCUCUGGGCGCCAUUGCGCACGAGUUCAAGUACCGGAACAUGAGCGGCGCCACUUUGACCGACUCCCGGCAAACCAGCAUCUCGGAGCCCUUCAACGCCGAAGAGAUGAAGCGUCAGCGCAUGGCCUACGAGGAGGCCAACCAGAUCGGCCAGGCUAUCUGA